CCUGACCAAUGCUCGCGAGAUCUGCACGCCCGAUGGGAAGCGUCGAUUCAAAUGGAUCUCCAAGGAGAAAGCUGCAAUCCCAGGACAUGUCCAACCUAUGAGAGUCAGCCUGGUUCUCAACAUCCCAGCUGAGAAUGAGACCCUGGAGAAUGAGCAGGGGAUGGAGCAGCCCUCGGAAGCAGACCGCUACGAGGAUGCAGUGAAUGGAUCUCAGACAGAGGACAGCGAUGCGAUGUACGAAGACCCAAGUGAGCCCUUGACGGAGGAUGGCAUGAGGGACGACCUGAUCGACGAAGAUCUGUGGGUCGAGUUCGGAGGGAAGGACCCGGAGGUGGACAUCAAGACUCCUGCUACGAACAUGUCCAGCCUGAGUGAAGGGAUGUCUCCUGUGAUCUCUGCUCCUAACGAGGCGGCGGUCUGCAUGCAGGCUUCUGAUGCUGAGAAGAACGACGCGGUCGAGACCUUCCUGAAGCCGGCAGGCUUGCCCGACGACAGCAGCCUUGAAAAGUCGAGCAUGCUUCCUCUGGUGAAGGCCGAGGUCGGGAGGGAUUUGGUGAUGCCCUGGCCGCAGUCUCUUGCUGCUGGCAGCGCAGGGUCGUUGUGCAGGGCCAGGAGGCUGACGAUUUCAACGCUCCUCUGUUCGAGCAAGCGGCUUUCUGGUAGACUUGUCUGAUUGAUGUGUUAGUGGCAUUUAUUAGCAAAAUGAUAUAGUAAUCUUUCAAG